AUGCGCUGUCGGUGUGGAUCAAGCAAAACAGAAACAGACACCGCCUCAGGCACCAUUGUCUGUGUGGGCUGUGGUGAGGUGCUCGAAGAAAAUACCAUUGUAUCAGAAAUCACUUUCCAAGAGAUUAGUGGUGGCAAAACAGUCUUGUCUGGUUCAUUCGCUGGUGACUCUGGACGUAUCUCUGGUGGUGGUCCAUUUGGUCGUGGUCGUGGUAAAGAAGGCCAGGAACAGGCCAUGGACAAUGGUCGCAGUAAAAUUGCCCGACUAGCAUAUGCCUUGCAUCUUCCUGAACGUUAUCGCGAAUCUGCUCAACGCUAUUACAAUCUGGCUGUUGUCAAUCGAUUCACCAGAGGCCGCAAAUCUGAACACGUUGCUGCUGUCUGCUUAUACAUUGUCUGCCGUAACGAAAAAAGCUCACAGAUGUUGAUCGAUUUCUCAGACUUGCUUCAGGCAAAGAGUGCCAAUGUUUUUGUUCUGGGCUCGACAUUCCUUAAACUCGUCCGUACACUCAACCUUAAGUUACCCUUAAUCGAUCCAUCCAUCUACAUAUCACGUUUCGCAGCAGCACUCGAUUUUGGCGAAUACACUCAGCGCGUAGCACAUGAUGCAGUUCGUUUAGUACAACGAAUGGAUCGUGAUUGGAUUCGAACGGGUCGUCGACCGGCUGGUAUUUGUGGCGCUUGUUUAUUGAUGGCGGCUCGUAUAAACGGUUUUCGACGCACCACACGUGAAAUGAUUUAUAUUGUCAAGGUAGCAGAGAUCACGAUCCACAGCAGAUUAAAAGAGUUUAAACAAACGGAAUCCGCCAACCUGUCAGUGCGUGAUUUCCGUAACAUGUGGCUCGAAACCGAAGCUGAUCCGCCGGCAUUCCUCAAAGCACGAAAAGAACAAGAAGGAGUCAAAAAACGCACAGAGGGCGGAAGCGAUAACGAAGAAAGUGAAAAAGAAGAAGAGGAGGUCGAAGCAAAGAAGGACGAGGAAGAUGGCUCGGAUGCAGAAUCUGUACAGUCAUUACGGCGAAAACCGACUGUUGUUGCAGCAAGUCCAGCGGCUAUGAGUGUCAUAUCUCACGACGACAUGAGCACUACAGAAAAGGCAGCCAGGGAGAAAGCUCAAGAGAACGAAAAUCUAUCAGAUGUGGACGACGAAGAAAUUGAAGCCAUGAUUCUAAACCCUAUGGAAGUCAAGAUCAAGACCCGUAUUUGGUACGAUGCCAACAAGGAUUAUUUGGAAGAGAUGAAAGCCAAGCUCCAAAAGAUUGAAAUGGAUCGACGGAAUGCAUCUACACCCGCCGAAGCAGCAAAACAGUUAUUGACGACCAAAAAGUUCUCUAAAAAGAUCAACCAAGCAGUUUUUGAUGGCAUGUUUGAAACACCGGAAGCGAUUGAGAAGAUCAAGGAAAUUGAUAAGCUUAAAGAAGUCCUGCGCGAAGCUAACAUUGAUGAAGACACGGGCGAUUAUUCCGCAUACGAAGUGGUUGAGGAGUCGGGCGAUAAUGGCACAUCCAAAAAGCAGAAAGUAGGAAAAGAAAACGACCUACAAUCUGCUACCAAAACAUCAGUGGGUGAAGACGACGAUGACGAUGGCAACCAUGAAGACGACGACGACGAUGAUAUUGAUUUGGAUGAUAUGGCUGAUGAUGAGCGCAUGAUGCUUGAAGGUCGACGGCGAAUGGGCUGGACCGACAUGGGCGCGGAUGACGACUACUACGAUUAUGAUGACGACUAA